GAGAGAGAAAGUGUGUGUAUUUUAUAUACAAACAGGAGAGAGAGAGAGAGAGCAGCAAAAUCCCAAAGAAAGCUUCUCAUUUUCUUCAUCUUCUUCUCCAAAACACUAAUUUAAUCUGAAAGAAAAGCCCUCAACUUUUAAUUUCUCUGGUUUUAAAUCCAUUAAUGCUUUCUGGGUUGAUAUAUUUUGAUGUCUAUAUCUUUGGAGCAUGAUUAUAUAGGCUUAUCUCCUUCAAUGGAAACCUCUACCAAGUCUGCUGCUUUGAACCUCAAAGCCACUGAGCUGAGGCUGGGUUUGCCUGGCUCUCAGUCUCCAGAGAGAGACGGCUGCGGCGGCGGCGGUAGUGGGGUGGAGGAGAAGGCUACUGGGUUUUCAGUCUGUGGGGUUAAGGGGUUGGUGUCUGGGGCCAAGAGGGGCUUCUCAGACGCCAUUGAUGGAGCUUCUGGGAAGUGGGUUUUCUCUGGGAGUGGUGGAUCUGAGGUGGAGUUAGGCAAAGGUGGGAACUUGCUCUCUCCCAGAGGUGUGAAUGCUGGGAAAGCUCUUGCUGCUGGGUGUGAACCCAGCAAUCAACCAACAGGUUUAGCUGGCUCUGCUGUGAAAGAUGGUGUCCAACAAUCUCCAAAGCCAUUGCAUGAGAAGAAAUCCCAAGGGUCUGCUGGGUCUACUGCCCCUGCUGCAAAGGCACAGGUUGUAGGAUGGCCACCAAUUCGUUCUUUUAGGAAGAAUUCAAUGGCUUCCGUUCCUUCAAAAAAUGGUGAUGAUGCAGAAGGCAAGAUGGGAGCAGGGUGUCUGUAUGUUAAGGUCAGCAUGGAUGGUGCACCGUACCUGAGGAAAGUUGAUCUCAAAACCUAUGGCAGCUAUCUGGAUUUAUCUCUAGCUCUGGAAAAGAUGUUCAGCUGCUUCACAAUUGGUCAAUGUGGUUCACAUGGAGCUUCAAGGGAUGGAUUGAGCGAGAGUCGAUUGAUGGACCUCCUACAUGGUGCUGAAUAUGUCCUCACCUAUGAAGACAAGGAUGGUGAUUGGAUGCUAGUUGGUGAUGUUCCCUGGGAAAUGUUCACCGACUCGUGUAAGAGGAUGAGGAUCAUGAAGAGUUCAGAGGCUAUCGGUCUAGAAUACCGAAAAAUUUCAUGAUGGCAUGGUGAUUUUGGCUUUUGUUUGCGAAAUGAAAUCCUUAGCUAGCAUUAUCCUCAUGUUUUUCUAUCUAUUUCUUAUAGCCCCAAGGGCCAUGCAGAAGUGCAAAAAUAGUAAUUAGCGCCAUCUCAUCAACCAUGAAUGGAUCAAAUACUCUGAGCAAAGGAGGUUGGAGAGAGCUGCUGUUAUGAUCGAGGUGAAAGGCACUGAACGGUUCGCAAAAUCGGGCACUCUGUUUCUUAUCAACUUAUGCUUCUAAAAUAUUGAAUGUUUAGUGUAACAAAAUAUGAAAUUCUAGUAGGAAAUAUGUUUAUGCAAACUGGUGUAGUUUAAUUAGUUCUCUCUCUCUCUCUUCCCUCUCUCUCCUGUAUUUCUGAUAGUUGGCUACUUGAAGUAAUUGUAUUGUGUAUGAAAAAUGGUUUGUUUGCCAUGGCAAUUCCAUCAGGACCAUGUCUCUACAUAAAGCAGUGGAAUUAACUGCGGUA